AUGCCCAACCGCACGCGACCCCCGACGCGCCCGCCCACCCGGCCCCCAUCCCCCGGCCGCGGCGAGCGUCCGACGUCGGGCCAGAUCGACGAGCUCUCCGACGCCCUGCACGCCGCCCUCCAGCCCUACGCGCACGACGCCGACCAUGUGAAACACGACAAGCACGACCGCUUCCAGCCCACGCUCGAGAUCUCCGUCUCCCAGGACGUGCUCACCCUCAAGGGCACCGGCGUCGACGUCGAGCCCGCCCUCCUCUCCGGCAACGUCGUCCUCCACCUGUCCGAGCCGACCUCGAUCCGGGAGAUCACCCUCACCUUCCGAGGCAAGGCCCGGCUACCGACGCCCUCCUCCGAUUCCAUAUCCCUCAACGCCUCCGGCGUCACCUACGUCAUCUGCAACCAAGACUGGUCUUUCCUCGAAGGCACCAAGUCGCACUCGCACACCCUCAAGGCCGGCCGACACGUCUUCCCGUUCCAGAUGCAAAUCGGCGGCUCGCUCCCCUCCUCCAUCUACACCUCCGCCCUCGGAUCCGCAUCCGUCACCUACAAGCUCCGCGCAACCGCCGUCCGGCCCGGGCUCGCCUCCAACCUCACCAACAUCACGCGCAUCACCGUCCUGCGUGCGUUCACGCCCGAGGCUCUCGAGUACCAGCAGACGCUCGAGAUCGAGAACACCUGGCCGGAAAAGCUCAUGUACAGCAUCAUGGUCCCGCACAAGGCGUGGGCGAUCGGCGACACGAUCACCGCGCUCAUGAAGUUCGAGCCGAUCGCAAAAGGUGCCCGGGUGAUGAACAUAGUCACGACUCUGAACGAGACCGUCAAGCUCGGAGGUGCCGCGUCUGGCCGGACGACGUCGACGCAGGAGACGACGCGGGUGAUGAUGACCACCAAGCACGAGAUUCGGCAGGGCAAGGCGGUCUGCGUCGACGAGUAUUCU